AUGGCGACCGGGCUUGCAGUUUCCACCGAAGAUAUCGACGUGGUCGACGAGACGCCCAUCUCUCCAGUCCGCGACAAGCAGCGUCGCGGUUCACUCGAGAAACACCUCCAGCAGCGGCCGGAUGUGCAGGAUCUGAAGAACAGGCACAUCUUGCUGGACACCAAAGCUGCGCCAGCCCUGCAGGCACAACAGCAAGAACUGGAGCGGCAACGCGCAACGGAUAAUUUGAAGAAGGGGUUGGCGCACAGGCCGGAGAGACAGGAUCUUGUGGAUCGUAACAUCCUCCCUAAUUCGUCCGCCGCGCCGGCUCUCCAAGGUCACCAGAAGGAGCUGGAGAGGCACAUGCGGAGGGACAGCCUGGAGAAGCGGCUGCAGAGCAGGCCGAAGCCGGAGGAUCUGGUCAAGGGAGGGAUUUUAGAGGGUAUGUGUCUCCCUUUUGUUGCCAUUUUCACUUCGAACAUGUGUCUUGAGACAGAGAAAGGGAGACAAAGGAGUGAGCAGUCGCUGAUUGUGAAGUAG